GAUUAAAGUAAGCGGGAACCAGAACAAUAAAUCUCAGCACGCAUAAUUUGCAAUAUCAGCUUCAAUAGCCGCGGUUGUAGUGAAGUGUGUUGAUGAUAAUUUAAAUUUUGUGAAAUAGGAAUUUCGAUAUCCAAUCUUCGGUUUUUUGUAUGAUAGUAUCCUAUUUCCUAUGUGGUGAAAUCGACCCACCUCAAUUCGCUCUCAACCCCACCAGCAUUCGUAAGCAAAGAUGAUCUCCCUGCGGCAGUGGUGGGACGCCGAUCCCACGGACGAUCUGAUGGAUCCCUACGACCGGUAUCCAUCCGGACAUGAUGACUUCGCAGCCUUCGCCGAGAUAAACCACGAUAGGAAUCGCAAUACUGCUGCAGCGACUGGAAAUGGAAGCACGGGCGGAAACGGACCCGCGGGCAGAGGACGCGGGGGGCAACAGGUAAUAUAGGCUGAAGUCUUUGAAGAUCGGAUUAUGCUUGUUGACCAAAUUGAAGUCCAACUCGAAUGCUGAUUCCGACUACAUGUUGGCAAGAACGUUAAUGCUCAUUGUGAACCUGCAUGAGCAUGACAAACAAUUACAAUAUGAAUAUACAAAUUGAAGUUCUCUUGCGUUGUCCAAGUUCUAGUAUCAUAUGUUCCGAGACCCAAGAUGGCAAAAUCUGCAAAAUCUGGAAAAAAAAUUAUAUGGUAUUUAAAUUUUGACGGUUGUGAGAGAGAAGGAAAAAAAGAAGGAGCGCGGUAAGUGCCCACGGCAUGCGAAGCCUUGUCCUUGUGGGGCUCCGGGUUGCGCUCGUGUUUCGCUCGUCCUUUCGGAAACAAAACUCGCACGCCCAUCGAUGUGACAGAGCGAGCAAAACCGCAGAGGCAGUCGCGCGAACAAAACUCGGCGCCGCAGGCCGCCGCUCAAAUUCCUGCACGCCGCCCGCCAAAAUUCCGUUGCCCGGCGCCCGCCUGAAAUUGACGCUGCCCGCCCCCCGGGCAAAAUUUGACGCCGGGCGCCGCCAAUUUUUCCGCAGCAAGCCUCAGGUCCCCGUUCCGCUGCGGAAAAUUCAAAAUGCAGUUUUGUGAACAAAAUCGCGAAAACCGCCGGACCCACGAAAACCCAUUGAAAUCGCAAUGAAAAUCGGCGCGGAGCAAUUUUGUUUUCGCUCGCGCCACCUAUUUUCCGGUUUUCGCGAUUUUGUUGCAUUAGUUUAGAUUUUUUUUUCGCGAUUUUGUUUUCUAAUUUUGUUUCGAAAUUUUGUUUCGGGUUUUGUUUUUUAUUUUGUUUCGAAAUUUUGAAGCGGACUCUUUUGUCCCGAUUUCCAUGAGCAAAAUUUGUUCGCGGACUCUCAUGAAAAUUUUGCUGUGAGUCUUCUGCGGCAAAUUUCUUUCAGCGCGGCUGCGUUUCCAAAGCCCUUUUUUACGCUAAAAUCCGGAGUAGUAUUGAGAUAGUGUUGCGGCUGUCCGGUUCGAGACGAUGCUGCACAGGGUGGAGCACGAGCAGCAUAUGCCCAACGGAGUCCGAUGAUCGAGAAUGACUAGAGCCACACCAGGACGCUUGCGUGAUUUCUUUUUUCGUUUUCCCAAUUUUCCCGAUUUUGCUAUCUUGGUUCUCCGGAACAUAUGACUAGUAGAGUUUUUUUGGACAUCGACAUUUGGUGGAGCACGCGGAUGCCCAAAUUGGACAUUUUUUCUCAUGUCCAAAAAUGUCCAAUGUCCAAGAUUGGACAUUUUUUUGGCACGUCCAAUGUCCAAGACUUUUCCUCUUCAUCUCGAAGAAACGGGGCAACGCAAAAUAGUAUCUUUUUCUGAUACCAUGAUGGGAGGGCGACUGAAUAUGUCUUGUGUUGUCCAAGUUCUAGCUAGAUUUUUUUGGGCAUCUGCUAGCUUGGACACGCGGAUGUCCAAAUUGGACAUUUUUUCUCAUGUCCAAAAAUGUCCAAUGUCCAAGAUUGGACAUUUUUUUGGGAUGUCCAAUGUCCAAGACUUUUCCUCUUCAUCUCGAAGAAACGGGGCAACGCAAAAUAGUAUCUUUUUCUGAUACCAGGAACAGGAUGGCAGGACGACUGCAUAUGUCUUGUGUUGUCCAAGUUCUAGCUAGAUUUUUUUGGACGUCUGGUUGGACGCGCGGAUGUCCAAAUUGGACAUUUUUUCUCAUGUCCAAAAAUGUCCAAUGUCCAAGAUUGGACAUUCACAUUUUUUUUGCAUGUCCAAUGUCCAAGAUUUUUCCUCUUCAUCUCGAAGAGACGGGGUAACGCAAAAUAGUAUCUCUUUCUGAUACCAGGAUGGUAGGGUGACUGAAUUUGUCUUGCGUUGUCCAAAUCCUAGCUAGAUUUUGUUGGACAUCUGUUUGGGCACGCGGAUGUCCAAAUUGGACAUUUUUUCUCAUGCUCAAAAAUGUCCAAUGUCCAAGAUUGGACAUUUUUUUGGCAUGUCCAAUGUCCAAGAUUUUUCCUCUUCAUCUCGAAGAAACGGGGCAACGCAAAGUAGUAUCUCUUUCUGAUACCAGGAUGGUGGGAUGACUCAAUUUGUCUUGCGUUGUCCAAGUUCUAGCUAGUUUUUUUUUGACAUCUGGUUGGACCCGCGGAUCUCCAAAUAGGACAUUUUUUUGGCAUGUCCAAUGUCCAAGAUUUUUCCUCUUCAUCUCGAAGAAACGGGGCAGCGCAAAGUAGUGCCUCUUUCUGAUACCAGGAUGGUAGGAUGAUUGAACUUGUCUUGCGUUGUCCAAGUUCUACCUAGUUUGUUUUUGGCAUCUGGUUGGACACUCGGAUGCCCAAGCUGGACACUUUUUCUCAUGCCCAAAAAUGUCCAAUGUCCAAGAUUGGACAUUUUUUGGGCAUGUCCAAUGUCCAAGAUUUUUCCUCCGCAUUGUGAAGAGAUAGGGCAACUCAUAGUCCUAUCUCUUUCUGGUACCAGGCUGGUAUGAUGACUGAAUUUGUCUUGCGUUGUGCAAGUUCUAGCUAGAUUCUCUUGGGCAUUUGGUUGAGCACGCGGAUGUCCAAAGUGGACAUUUUUUCUCAUGUCCAAAAAUGUCCAAUGUCCAAGAUUGGACAUUUUUUUGGCAUGUCCAAUGUCCAAGAUAUUUCCUCUUCAUCUCGAAGAAACGGGGCAACGCAAAGUAGUAUCUCUUUCUGAUACCAGGAUGGUGGGAUGACUGAACUUGUCUUGCGUUGUCCAAGUUCUAGCUAGUUUUUUUUUGACAUCUGGUUGGACACGCGGAUCUCCAAAUUGGACAUUUUUUCUCAUGUUCAAAAAUGUCCAAUGUCCAAGAUUGGACAUUUUUUUGGCAUGUCCAAUGUCCAAGAUUUUUCCUCUUCAUCUCGAAGAAACGGGGCAGCGCAAAGUAGUGCCUCUUUCUGAUACCAGGAUGGUAGGAUGAUUGAACUUGUCUUGCGUUGUCCAAGUUCUACCUAGUUUGUUUUUGGCAUCUGGUUGGACACUCAGAUGCCCAAAUUGGACAUUUUUUCUCAUGCCCAAAAAUGUCCAAUGUCCAAGAUUGGACAUUUUUUGGGCAUGUCCAAUGUCCAAGAUUUUUCCUCCGCAUUGUGAAGAGAUAAGGCAACUCAUAGUCCUAUCUCUUUCUGGUACCAGGAUGGUAUGAUGACUGAAUUUGUCUUGCGUUGUGCAAGUUCUAGCUAGAUUCUUUUGGACAUUUGGUUGAGCACGCGGAUGUCCAAAUUGGACAUUUUUUCUCAUGUCCAAAAAUGUCCAAUGUCCAAGAUUGGACAUUUUUUUGGCAUGUCCAAUGUCCAAGAUUUUUCCUCUUCAUCUCGAAGAAACGGGGCAACGCAAAGUAGUAUCUCUUUCUGAUACCAGGAUGGUAGGACGAUUGAAUUUGUCUUGCGUUGUCCAAGUUCUAGCUAGUUUUUUUUUGACAUCUGGUUGGACACUCGGAUGUCCAAAUUGGACAUUUUUUCUCAUGUCCAAAAAUGUCCAAUGUCCAAGAUUGGACAUUUUUUGGGCAUGACAUGUCCAAUGUCCAAGAUUUUUCCUCUUCAUCUCGAAGAGACGGGUCAACGCAUUGCAGUAUCUCUUUCUGAUACCAGGAUGGUAGGAUGAAGUACAAAUUCAAAUCUUGAAAAAAAAAGACACACUUCCAGGGCCGCGCCAACGGCCGCGCGAACAACUCGGACAGCGAAGAUUGCAGUCAGUCGGAGGAUUGGGUGCCGAAUUUGAGUCAAGAAGAACUAGCGAAUUUAGAAAUUUUGCCGGAGGACAAACUCGCGGAAUUUCGCAAGACCAGCGAAGCGCUGCUACGGGACAUUGCACAAGGUCAAGGAGGACAAGGGGUGGAGUUUCUACAACAGGGUGGACCUCUGUUAGAAGUACCGUCGACAUCGUCCUCUUCGUCGUCGUCGCGAGGUGUACCUGAUCCUCAACCCUACUUGUUCACCCAGGAUUCCUCUGUCUACCCACCUUUGGAUAAUAUUUACAAUGACGAGGGAGAAAUUGUGAUCAAGUAUCUUCAAAACAAACAACGGAGAAAAUCAGAAGUGAAGUCUACGAUAGCACAAGAUUCAGAAGUCUGGUCAGCGAGCCGAAUAGGACAACAACGUACUGAAGAUGGUCCACCUACUGGCACUGGAGCUGCAGGUAGAACCUCUGCGGUGAUUGGCAAUAAUGCGCAAGAACAGCAGGAAGUGAAAAACACGACGUCUCCUGUUUUAUCUUCCUCUUCCGCCUCGGCCUCCUCCGCAGCAGCACUAGUUCCGCAACCACAGCGACCCACACAGAGUAGUGAAGAGAAGCAGGACGAGUCGGCGAAUGAAACAAACCAAAUAACCACAUUCGCCAAGAAGAAGCGACCGAGUCUCUCCCCUCCGCUCGAAGACCCCUUUGUCGCCGGAACCGAGCAGAAGCUAGCGAAACAAUCCUACAGCGGCAGGUUGGGUGCUGGGAGGAAAAGCAAAGGCGUUUUCUCAGCCCGUACCCCGAUUCCGGUAAAGACUGGGACGAUAAAUCCCUACACGCCGGAAUCCUCCUCUUCUGAUAAUUCGGUUUCUGUGAAUGAGAAAAAGCAAGACGCAGGUAGUGCUAACUUGAAGUCAUCUCCGAUAAAAACGAGCCCGGCGCUGAAGCUCCACGCGUUGUCUACCAGUCCGAAUGUCGUGAACAAGAACAGUACCAGAGCAGGGGGCGGGGGUGGAAUAAACAGCAACGCAAAUCACUCCGGAACGACCACUAGCAGCAACAAUGCCCGCGGUGGCACGCCAGGAACGGCAGGCCGGAGCAACAGUCAGGUUUUGCGGCUUCAGCAGUAGUGACAUUUUGUCAGACAGAAUGAACGAGUUUAUUUCGGCAGCACAACGAACCCUGCUCGCUUUGGAGUCGCAUGUUUCGUCUGCCGACUAGACAAGUGAGUUGGAAAUUCAAAGAAUGAAGUGUCACUUGUAAAAAACUCCCGAUCCGGAAGCUGAAACUUGUACAAAAUAGGUUAAUGUACCAGCUUCAGAACAACAAGAAAAAUUGAACUUUAAUACUAGCUUGUAAGUUUUUCUGAAGAAGCAAAACUAACUGAGACGAGUGUAUGAUAGUUGCCAGCAGCUCCAGAAUUGACAUUGACUAAGGAAAAGGUGGCGUCGCCGCGGGGCUCCGUCCGUCCUCUGCUUUCUACGCUUCUUCUCCGGCUGCUGUUCCAAUCAAAUUAGAAGCCUGCUUUUCAUUCAAGAGUUGAUCCAACUUCUUUUUCGAUCUGUAGUUAUCGAGGAGAUCCAUCUAAAACGGU